AUGGCCAGAUUCACUCAGACUGAAACAAGAAGGCAGCAGCAGCAGCAUCCUCCUCCUCCUCCUCUUCCUCCUCCUCCUCAGCAGCAUCCCGCUCCACACUCCUCCAGCCUGCUCCUCAACGGACCGAGCCCGGCACCACUGCUCCUGAUCCCGCACCACCAGCCCCAGUACCAGCACCAGUACGCCCAGAUCCCACUGCCCAAACCCAUGAACGGCUCGGAACCCAUUUCACUUCAUCCGGAGAGCGGCGCCAUGAAGGACCAGGAUGCCAUUAAGCUGUUUAUCGGGCAGAUACCGCGGAACUUGGAGGAGAAGGACCUGAAGCCUCUCUUUGAACAGUUUGGGAAGAUCCACGAACUGACAGUUCUCAAGGACCGCUACACCGGCAUGCACAAAGGUUGCGCGUUCCUCACCUAUUGCGCCCGAGAGUCCGCCAUCAAAGCCCAGAACGCCCUCCACGAACAGAAAACACUGCCAGGGAUGACUCGCCCCAUCCAGGUUAAGCCAGCUGACAGCGAGAGCCGUGGAGAGGACAGGAAGUUGUUCGUGGGGAUGCUGAAUAAACAACAGACCGAGGAGGACGUCUACCGCCUAUUCGAACCCUACGGAGUCAUCGAGGAGUGCACGGUCCUAAGAGGUCCUGACGGCAACAGCAAAGGUUGCGCCUUUGUCAAGUUCUCCACACACACUGAGGCUCAGUCAGCAAUUGGCGCCCUACAUGGAAGUCAGACAAUGCCAGGAGCCUCCUCCAGCCUGGUGGUCAAGUUCGCCGACACAGACAAAGAGCGCACCAUCAGACGCAUGCAGCAGAUGGUCGGCCAGUUUGGCAUCUUCAACCCCGCCAUCGCCCUUCCCUUCAGCACCUACAGCUCUUACGCACAUGCGCUCAUGCAGCAGCAGGCGGCCAUCAUGGCGGCAAGCCAUGGCGGUUACCUGACGCCGAGUGUGGCUGCCUUUCCCGCCACGCAGAUCCACCAGAUGGGGGCGCUCAACAUCAACAGCCUGCCACCCACCCCCAUGACCCCGGUGUCGGGUGAGUUUCAUCAAGCCUUGGCUGGCCUAAGUUCUCCACCAGCCAACAUCACCACUUCCGCCGUGCCCAGCAUCGUCACUCCCAUCGUCAACGGAUUCACCGGCAUCCCUCAUCAGCCCAACGGACACCCUGCCGUGGAGACGGUCUACACCAAUGGCCUUCCGCCUUACUCCACUCAGAGCCCUACCGCCGCUGACACCCUGCAGCAAGCCUUCACCGGGGUACAGCAAUACACAGCUAUCUACCCGGCCACCACGCUGACUCCCAUUGGUCAGACGCUGCCCCAAGCGCCCCAGGUCAUCCAGCAGCAGCAACAGCAGCAGAGAGAAGGUCCGGAGGGCUGUAACCUGUUCAUCUACCACCUGCCACAGGAGUUUGGGGAUAAUGAACUCAUGCAGAUGUUUCUGCCCUUCGGCACUGUCAUCUCAUCCAAGGUGUUCAUGGACCGGGCGACCAACCAGAGCAAGUGUUUCGGCUUCGUGAGCUUCGAUAACCCCGCCAGUGCGCAAGCAGCUAUUCAAGCCAUGAACGGCUUUCAGAUUGGCAUGAAGAGGUUGAAAGUUCAGCUAAAGAGACCGAAGGAUGCCAGCCGCCCUUACUGA